AUGGAGGCUGGAGGUAUUUGUCCUGUGACCAUCAUCCUAGACCCCAAGCACAGAAGAAGAAAUCAGGAGAACGUAUGGUACAUGCAGGAGACACCGUUCUGCCUGGGAUUUGGACACCUCCCCUGCUCCAUGUCAGAUUCCAAUACCACCGACUUCACCAACCCCUCCACCUUCAUCCUGCUUGGCUUACCUGGCCUGGAGACAGCCCAUGUCUGGAUCGCCAUCCCCUUCUGCAUUAUGUACAUUAUAGCCAUCCUGGGGAACUUAACCAUCCUGUUCAUAGUGAAGAUGGAGUCGAGCCUCCAUGAACCCAUGUACUAUUUUGUCUGCAUGUUGGCUGUAAGUGACCUGGUCCUGUCUACAUCCAUCCUGCCCAAAAUGCUGAGCAUCUUCUGGUUCAAUUGCAGGGAAAUCAAUUUCAGUGCUUGCCUCACUCAGCUCUAUGUCUUUCACUGUUUCUCAGUGAUGGAGUCUGGGAUUUUCGUGUCUAUGGCAUUGGAUCGCUAUGUGGCCAUCUGCCAUCCCCUGAGACAUUCCACCAUUGUGACAAACCCAGUGGUGGGCAAGAUUGGUCUGGCCAUGUCAUUGCGCAGCAGCGUGAUUGUACUGCCCAUGGUCCUGCUGGCGAGGCAGUGGUCAUACUGCAGGACCAACAUCAUCCCCCAACCGUACUGUGUCCACAUCGCUGUGGUGAAGGUGGCCUGUGUGUUUUACAUCCCAGGGCUCUUCCUCUCCCUCACGUCCCGAUUUGACCAGAAGAUGCCUCAGCAUUUCCAUUCUCUCAUUAACAACGUGUACUACUUGAUGCCUGCCAUGCUUAACCCCAUCAUCUAUGGGAUGAGGACCAAGCAGAUCCGGGACAGGUUGCUGCACCUUUUUUUUCAAAAAGGCACCUGA